UUUUCUUGUGGAACUUCUUGCUUUUAUUUCCUCGGCCAAGAGCGCCAACGCCUCUGCGCAGCGCCCUAGGGUUUUCUCUCUCGAUCGAGACGCCGACGACAUCGCGGGAGCGAGAGAGCGCGAUCGCUGAUCUCUUUCUUCUUUCUUGGACCGAUUUUUGUUGCUGUAGAGCACAGGUAGCUCGCGAUCUUGUUGUGACUCGGUCUCGCGCAAGAUCUAUGAGGAAGGCGGCCGAAAUGCCGCCUUUGGAUUGCGGCAGCAGCGAGCUCCUGUCCGUGGAAUCCAGCAGGAGCACGCCCGCGCCCUUCUUGACCAAGACGUUCCAGCUCGUCGACGAUCCCGGCUCGGACGAUAUCGUGUCGUGGGGCAGCGAUGGCACCACAUUCGUCGUGUGGAAGCCGCCCGAGUUCGCCACCGAUUUGCUCCCCAGCUACUUCAAGCACAACAACUUCUCGAGCUUCGUCCGGCAGCUCAACACAUAUGGAUUCCGCAAGGUGGUUCCCGAUCGCUGGGAAUUCGCGAACGAGUUCUUCCGCAAGGGGGAGCGCCAGCUACUGUCGGAGAUCCACCGGAGGAAGACGCCGCACUUGGUUUCGAAUGGGAUGCCGCUCAUGGCGUGGAGCGACGAUCACCUGGCCUCCUCGUACAUGCCGGUGCUGCCUUACAUGGACACCGCGUCGCUGCUGAGCGAGGACAACGAGAGGCUCCGCCGCGAGAAUUUGCUGCUCACCAACGAGCUCCUGCGCCUCCAGAAGCUCUACGAGCACGCCGUGACUUUCAUCCAGCAGCAGCAGCAGCAGCAGCAGCAGCACGGCAAGCUCGGAAGCACGGGAUCGUUUCUUCGCAGCAGCAAAGAGUACUACGAAUUCACGAGCUCCAAGAGGAUGGUCAUGACGACCACCGACGCGAUGAUCCUCGACAGCGGCUUGGCGAGGGUGGCCUCCGCGGGAGAUCGAGUGGCAGCGCUCGCCGCCAAGGACGAGAAGCCCAGCUACAACAAUUCCUCGUCCUCGGGCUGCACGGACGAGUCGAGCGUCUCGGCGGCGGCGGCGGUGGUGGAUUGCAGCACCACUCCCACCGCGUCCACGAUCGCGUUCGUGGACGUGAAGCUCCGGGAGAUGGCCGCGCACGCCGCCAGUGAAGAACACCGCCACCACCACCGUCGUCGAGACGACGAUCAGGAAGACGAUGGUCUGGGAGGAGCAGGAGGAGGAGGAGGAGGUCCAAAGCUGUUUGGAGUGUCGCUGGGCAGGAAAAGGCCUCGCGGCCCAACACCCGACUGGACAGAAACCAGCCAUCAACAAUCUUAGAGAGAAUCUCAAGGUGCUCGGGCUCGGGUCAGUUUUUCUUUUUUCAUUUUCUUUUGCUUUUCUCGUUAGUGUUCUUCCUGUUCUUCGAGAUCGAGCUAACAUCCGCAGCGAUUCUUACAGUUAAAAAAGAGGCUCCUUUCCUUCUCCCUAGACUAGAUCACUGGAGGACUACCGGACUGGAGGACGCACUCUCACUGCUUCUAAGCUAAGCUCCCAGGCUCUACACUAACAAACACACACUUGUAACGCAGAUGGAUCUAGCUUCUAGGCCACAGCGAGAUCUCUCUCUCUCUCUCGAGAGGGUUACGUAUCAUCCCAGAUCGACGAGGGACUUGGAGAAAAGAGAGAGAGAAUCCAAAUCAAUCUUUUGAUCCAA